AUGAUAAUGAGAAGACUGUUAGUCGUAUACAUCAUUUUCUCGUUUACUCUAACAAUUCAUGGAGAUGAAUCUCUGUGUGAUUCAAGUGAUUCAUGGGCGUGGACACCGUGGUUUAAUUCACAUGCACCGAAUUCGAACGGUGAAUAUGAAUUACAUUUAGGAAUACGCAGUCAAUAUCCGGCACUUGUUUGUGCUCAUCCUCGAGCAAUCUCAGUUAUGAAUCAAGACGGUGUCAACAUGGAUCAAACGCAGGACAAGAUGAUUAUUCGUGCGUAUGAUAUAUUUUGUAUGAAUAAUUAUCAUUCGGAAUAUCAAAAGAAAAUGUGUGAUGAUUAUAGUGUUCGUUAUUGUUGUCCAAAAGUGGAGAAUUCGACUGAAACUGAAAAUUUGCGCGAGAUUUUCAUCGCAAGUAAUGAAGCUAAAAGUACCAAAUUGAAAUGUGGUCAAUCGCCAAGAUCAAGUGCAACGAUCUUCUUAAGUAUCAUCGACGAUAUGUCGUCGAAGAUUAUUAAUGGAGUCGAAGCACGUCCAAAGAGUUGGCCGUGGCUCGUUUCCAUUGGUGUUCGAUAUCGCGGUCUGAAUGGUGUUUGGCAAAAUCGUACACAUAUUUGUGGCGGAACAUUAAUUGAUCUUUCACAUGUUCUGACAGCUGGCCAUUGUCUCGAGCAGAAAAUUGACGAUCGGUUUGUACCGUUAACACCGACGAAUCCCACGUUAGAAUCGUUUUUCUUCUUACGACUCGGUGUUCAUGAUAUUCGUUUAACACGAUCAGAAGACAUUUAUCGUGCUCGAAAAAUAUUCGUUCAUGAUAAAUUUAUUUCCAGUACAUUUGAGAAUGAUAUUGCGAUGAUUCGAUUAGAUCGACCUGUUUCAGUAUCUGAUUCGAUUUCGCCCAUAUGUUUACCAUCAACAAAUGUCUCACCGGGUAGAUCAGUCACUGUGGCUGGUUGGGGUACGGUGAGUGAAGCAUCACGUGUACAUUCGAAUGUUCUUCGACAAGCAAAUGUCAAUGUUCUGUCAUCAAUUAACUGCCGAGUUUAUAUGAGUAUUCAUUACGACGGAUCGAAACAAGUAUGCGCUGCAGCUUUGGAUUGGUCGAAAGAUACUUGUGCCGGUGAUAGCGGUGGUCCAUUGAUGUACCAAGAAAACGGUGCUUGGUCAAUUGGUGGUAUUACAUCUUUUGGCUAUGGUUGUUCAAAACGUGGCUUUCCUGGUGUCUACACUCGUACGGUGCCUUAUGUAUCAUGGAUCAAACAAAGAAUGUUAAGCAAUUAG